AUGUUACUUCAGCAAGUUUGCCCGGGAAAAUCCAAUGGAAAAAUUCAGAGUUUUCACACGGCCCGUUAUGAGAAUAUUCGUUAUCUUGUAAGCUAUUCUAGACACAGGUGUAAUAAGAUCUAUGGAACCGGAGAGAAACUCGUUAUAUGUAAAGGAGAUUCAGAGCACAUACAAACCAUUAAAAUAUCUGAUUUUCUUGGCGAUGACACCAUUAUAGAUAGAAUUGAAUCAGUAGAAAUUUCCGAAAAUGACGGCAAGAUUGCAAUUACAGUUGGAGUCAAUGUACUUGUCUUCUGCCCUCAACAAGUCAAUAAAGAUAUGACUGUGCAAUGGAAGUUAAUUAAAAUACUGAGGCAUGAUCAUUUAGUAUUUUGUACCUCCUGGACCGUUGGCUUACUUCUGGUGGGAGGCGAAUCAUUACUGACGCUAUGGGAACUAAUUCUGAUCAGCAAAGAUUUCCCGGAAAAAGUUAUGUCAUCCAACUGUGAUGCUGAGAUCGAGUGGAUAAAAGUAUGGGAGGAAAGAGUUGCAUCGAAAGUGGUUAUUGCAGAAUUCUCUUCAGAUUCUACAAUGUUCGCCACUGUCGGAGAGUGUGACCGCUUAGUGAAGAUUUGGUGGAAUACCCAAAAUAAUGAAGCGAAAGAACGAAAAUAUGAUUUUAAUUAUUUACCACACCCACGGGCCGUAACCAAUUUUGCAUGGCGUAGAGGUCCACCCGAACAAAAAAAAUCAAAUAGCAGCAAUAUUCUAUUGACAAUGUGUAAAGAUGGUAUAUGUAGAAUUUGGGUACCAACGAAUCCAGAAGAACCUCAUAAUCUUUACAUAUCCACAGUAGUUGAUCCUGAACAGUCAUUAGUAACACUCCAAUUGUCGGAAGAGGAGAGAGCCGGUCAUGAAGAUCCCGAUUAUUUUACUCCAAUACAUUGGAUCCAUCCAAAAGAAUUUUUAACUUCUUUAAGAAUAUCUAUCGAAACAUUUGAUGGAGAAAUUGAUCAAGCCAUACUUGGUUCAGGAUUAAGGAAGUUGAAAAAUCUCGCAAAUGAUACAUCUGAUUUGUUUUAUCAGAUACGACGAGAUGGAUCAAUGGUGAUUUGGGGAAUACGCAAUCUUUAUUGUAGACCACGCCGGGUUCCUAAGGUUCUUGUAUUGUUACGCACUGCGCAAGCAAUUCCUUUUUCUGAGGUGGAUUAUUUUUUCGGAAGCGUUGCCACUUUCCAUGAUGGUAAUUCUUCUGACUUCAUGAAAUCAUCAGUAGAGUUGGCUGUAGUCGCCCAAAGUCCUCAAGGCAUUAUUAAUAAAUAUGUAAUUCGUCUUGUUGAGAUAUUCGAUAGUUUACAAUCAACAGCAGCUCUAGAGUUGAAAAAUUCAUGGACCGGUCAUCGUAGUGACAUAAAUACAAUGGUUAGAGCACCUGAAGGGGAUAGCUUCGUUUCGCUGGCAAAAGAUGGAGAAACAACUUUGUGGAACAUAUCGAUACCGGAGUCAUGUCAGUAUGAUAAGAAAAUUGGCCCGAAAAUUGUGGAAAUAUCCACUGUUUUUAUGGAUUCGCAAAUUAAGCAUGCGUGCGUACUUCCAGAUGGGAAGUUUCUAGUUGCAUAUGAUGGAAUUCGUAUUGCACUAUUUUCUUGUGAUGACAGUCAUUCGUACCAAACUGCAAUGCUCGAAAAUUAUGAUCCCUCUUUCGAAUUGGGUUUGCUAUUUUCUUUUCAAUGCAAGAAAGGAUCUUCAUUGACAACAUUUGUCGCGGGAGUUAGUUUUCACAAAAGCAUGGUUUUUUUGUGGGACAUAAUAUACGAUGAUAAUGCCAGCAUUCCAAAAAUCAAUUUUAUUUCAAAAUCACACCUGAUGGCUAGUGACAUUACAAUGACUGUCGCAGUUGAACAAUGGGCAGGUGCCAAUGCUAGAAAUUAUCUAUCUCGAGAUUAUUGUCGUCCCGUUCUUUUAACAUUUUCUUCUGGUGAUGGAUACCUUAGAUAUUGGCAAUUUAACAUAAGUAAGAAAUCCUCUGUCACCACUAAAGUCUGGAUGAAAGAGGUGAUGUUUCAUAUUGGUGAUAGAACACCUAAAUUGAUAAAAUGCGGACCGCAGGGAAAAGUCGCCGUUGUUCUUGAAACUUCCGUUGGUGAUGAGUUCGCGAUAUGGGAAUGCAUCACCAGGAGACUUUCGCCCACCAAAGAUUUUGUUUCAAAGUUUAGUGAAAAAAUAGUUGACAUUGAUUGGUUGUUUACUUCAAACGCGGAGAUUGUGCUGGCUGUAUCAACCCCACGGAAAAUUCUAAUCUAUACACGACUUCGUAAAGAUCAUGCUUACUUAGGAGAUUCGUGGAUUUUGUUUUCAGAAAUUCACAUUCCAGAUAAUGUGCCAUUGUCCGCCUCUAGAGCGAUAUGGGGAAGCAGAGGUUCUCUUGUUGUGUCUUCCGGAAAUCAGUUGAGAUGUUAUAACAAGUGGUUGAGUGAUGAAAGCGCAAACAAGGCUUCUUUAAUAACAGGUGUAAAUGAGUCUUUUCCCACUUUAUUUCACGUUGUUGAUUGGUUGAACGGACCGUUACCUCAUCACCAUCCUACUUUGUUAUUACAACACAUAUUGUGGGGUAAAAUGGAAUUGGCUAAGCAGAUACUCGCUCAUCUUUACAAAUAUCUCAAUAUCCUCUUUAAUUCCAAUAAACCCAUUUUAAAAAUCCCACCUGUUCCUUUCGAUAAGCUGUUUGAAGACGAUAAGGUUGGUCCGGAUAUCUUAUUUGACAUGAAUGCUUAUCAAUAUUCUGACUUAAUUGAAAUUCUACAGUCAACCGCAUCUAGAUCUCGUCGUUAUAGCCUUCUAUUUGGAGAGGAUAGUGAUGAUGAAGGUUCUCAAGAAAUUGCAAAUAAACUUGAUUUCACAGAAGAGGCAGCUGAUUUUCUACGUGAGAAAUUAAAGGUUAUUUCUUUGCCUGAUUUAUCGCCCAUUGAACAAGCUCAAUUACUCGCUCUGAUUGACACGAUAAUCGAGGCGAAGAGUCAAAAAAGAAGUUUGGACGAAAAUGGUGUUAGAUAUGUUUUGUUUAUGAGAAGAUUUCAUCAUUUGAAUCGAGUUUCAUUAUCAACAAAUGUGCGGACUUUUGGAUUGAGCUAUCGUGACAUGAAUUGGGCUUUGCAUAGUGAUUCCCAGGACUUGCUAAUAGAAUAUAGCAUUACUGCAUCGGGUGGGAAGUUUUUAUGGAAAGAUGCAAGGGUUCAUGGGAUCUUUUUAUGGGUUCGAAAUAACGAAACGGUGAGACAACAAAUGGAAAUUUUAGCACGUAAUCAUUAUAUGUCAAAAGAAGAUAGGGAUCCGAUCGAAUGCUCGCUUUUUUAUAUGGCUCUGAGGAAACGUAAACUCUUGUUGGGACUAUGGAGAACAGCAAAUGGUCACAAGGAACAAGCUGCUAUGUUAAAGUUCUUGGCGAAUAAUUUUGACGAACAAAGAUGGAGAACUGCUGCUUUAAAAAAUGCAUAUGCAUUGUUGGGAAAACAAAGAUAUGAGUAUGCGGCUGCCUUCUUCCUUUUGGGAGAUAGAUUAAGAGACGCUGUGAAUGUUUGCUUGAAACAUUUGGACGACUUUCAAUUGGCGAUUGCGAUAUGCCGUGUCUACGAAGGUGAUGAAGGGCUUGUUUUGAAGAGUAUAUUUGAGGAACAUAUUAUUCCUCUAGCUAUAAAAACAGGAGAUCGUUGGUUAGCCAGUUUGUCCUUCUGGUUCUUGAACCAAAGGGAUCGUGCGGUUAAGGCCAUAAUGGUACCCUUAGAGACCCUCUGCGAUAAUUCCAUGAUACAAUCACCCUCUCCGACGCCUACCGAGUCACCAGACGCAGCCCUCAUUGUUCUUUAUAAACAACUUAAAGAAAAAUCAAUUCAGACUCUUCGCGGUGCAUCUGAGAUAUCUCCAGAAACCGAAUACUUUUUCGUGUUACGUAGCAUUUUUGCUUAUGAUCGGAUGGGCUGUCCAUUAUUGGCCUUACACCUUGCCAAAACCUGGAGAUUUACUCAUGAAUCGAUAUCAAAAAAUCCAGAUCGUAUUUUGAAGUCUCGACGUAGAACAACGAUAUUCGAUAUACCAUUAUUGAAUCAUGACACUAGAAUAUCAAGUGGAUUUGUAAAUUUCAAUAAUUGGAGCUGGAAUAAUGAUAAUGAUUCAACGUCGCCAAUCUCGGCUGGUGGAAGAAACAGGGCUAGUGAUUUGUUUGCUGACGAACCUUCACCUUAUUUUAACGCAUACAAUAAUUCUCCAACAACGACUUCAUUUAAUAAUGAUGCAGAUAGUGCAGAAAUUACUUCUGGUGACUCUUGGGGAUGGAAUUCACCGAAAUCCGAUAUCUCUGCCAAUCAAAACUUCAACUCUCGUGUUUUUUCACCCGGAGAUGAUUCUUCAAGCGUAAAUACUACAGGUGAUUUAUGGAGUAGUAAUACGGAGAGCACUACUCUAUUGGAAGAUAUCGAUUUCGACGACUGUAAAGCCGAUCUUGUCAAACGUUCACUACAACAUCUUUUGGACGCGGUAACAAUAGCCUUUGAAAAUUCAAAACUAUUCGUGAGCAACCCUUAUUAUAAUAAUUACAUUGACAGAAUCAAAGACGGAUUGAAAAGUGUCUGUCAAAGUGGUUCCACGCGGAUGCAAAUCGAAGGUUAUACUCCACUUGCUAAUGCUGUUCACGGGAGCACCAUAAAUGUGAUAGGCGUAAUAAAAUCGUUUAAACAAAGAAGAAAGUGUAAUGGUUCAACUGAUUGGCAUUGUUCUUUUAUGGUGGUCGAUCAAUCGUUGCCCGACAUUGAAAGGGGAAUAUCUGUUAGUUUGUUUCGAGCUCGUAACGAAGAUUUGCCAGACAUAGAAUGUCCGGGAAGUGUAUUUGUGGGUGUCAAGUUGAAGGUUGAUAAGUUCUAUGAUGCACUACAACUUAUUUCCUACAAGAAUGAGUCAACGUGCUUUGUGUUUAAAGAGAAAAUUGAUGAGAGAAUUCUCUCGUGUGCAACAAAGCUUAAAAGCGAAGAAAUAAACAAUUAUGCAAUAAUGUUGCAAAAAUGGUGGAUCAAUAAGAUCGGACUUCACGGUGAUGGUGAUGGUAAUAAUAAUCGGCUUCACCAUAAAGUACGCCAACGACUUAAAAUACGUGAGCUCGAGAAAAAUGUAUUCUGUGAUUUAGUCGCCGAGAUACUGAAGAUCGAAGAUAAAAAUCCAACGACGGAAUUAUAUAUAACUGAUUACACAGAGAACAAAUACCUUAAUGCUUCGUCGAAGCAUAUAUUGCAAGUAUCUCUAUGGGACGAAAAUCGUCUUGAAGGUCAAAGCCUUCGAGUCGGCAUGAUGGUCUUACUUCAAAAUGUUCGCGCCAAAGUUAAUAAUUAUAACACGUUUCAAGCGGUUAUGCAUGGGGACCCAAGCACAAGAAGAUCCAGAAUAACCGUGUUGAACUCUUCAUGCCCUGAGGUGGAGGAAUUACUCAAGUAA